AUGCCAACCACAUACACCGCCACGCGCAAUGCGUCCGGAAAACCUCCCGGAGUUCUCAGACUGCCCCAAAGGCCGCAGUCUAGUGCAGUCAGCUCUUCGAUCCCGGUGCCGUCGACCUCUACGAUCACAGAGAAUGUCUCCAGCAGGAAGAGCUUGCUUCCGCAACGCACCCUAGUUCCAAGCCGGCUGCCCGGCUUGAGGAAACCACAAAUACAGACGCAGCCCACGAAGAAUAUAAAUACAAUUCAGACACAGCCGACGAACAUUACAGAGCCGGUUCAAGAGCAACAACCGGAACAACCAGCGGUAGAACCUCAGCCGGUAGCUUUUACUCCGUCAGAGUCUCCACCACCUCCAGAACCCAUUCGGCCAGAGCCCCAAAAUGUCACAAUAUCACCUCCUUCACAACCCGUCACAACGACUUCAACAACUACGAACCGACCUCCCUCGCAGCCUCGAAUCGAACCACGAACAGAACGCAUACGGACACGAUCUAAAUCCCCCGUUAAGUCGCUGCAAAAUGAUACCAAACCCACCACUUCAAAGAAACCGUCCAUGCCGCCGCCGGCACGACCGACAAGGUCUGCGUCUCUACGCCAACCAUCCGCUCCGAAGAUAAGUGGUGUCGGAGAACCAAGGGGACAUGCUAGGCAUAGGAGUCAGGUACUCGGUAAUCAUGCCACUGGCACAGCCCCAGUUUUGACAGCACCUUCGCGGGAGAAGGCCGCAGCAACGACCGCCGUCAAGCCGCGUCCACAGUUUACGACAUAUCAACAACACUUUAGUCCCAAGAAAGAAGCACCUCGGGCAGCUACUGUGGGCGAUCGGAAAAAUACCGGAAAAUCUGCCACAGGUAACGAGUUACCACCGGAGACUAUCGCUCUACAAACGGAAUUUCUACAACUAUAUCUCCUCCAUUCGUCCUCGUUACAACAAAGUGCAGAAUUGAAUGUCGCAGCGGAGCGCCAGUUACGCGAAAAAUACAAUGAGGUAGCGGCGUCCUAUAGAACGAUACUAGACGACGAAAGACGCAUACAAGAGCAAUUGAAUCUAGAAACUCUUGAUGCCUGGUCAGUGGAGUCAGCGAGCCUAGCCGAGCAUAAUCAUGGCAUCAGCUUUGAUGAAGAGAUUCAGAGUUUCUCCCGCGUCACGCAGGAAGUUGCGGGUAUGACCGCCGACGGCGCUGGGCGGUACGCCCUGGCUGUUCAGGUGUUUGAGCAUUGGCUGGACAGAGUUGAAUAUAUCCAACGAAGCCGAGAAAAUGAGCACGACGCAAGUAGUGACGCGGAACCGCAGUAUAUCGAUAGCCUAGGAUCAGUAUGGAGGAACGAAGUCGAGGACCUCACCAUCAAAGCAGAAUUGUGCUUGCGCGAACUAUCCAAAAUGACGAUAUUCGUGAUUGAUGAAAGUGAGUUCUGCGAGAAACAUCGCAGCUCAGCGCUUGUGCAGAUUGCAGAAAAACACCGAGAUGUUUUGAUUUGCAUGAUCGACGAGCUGAAAUCAAUGCGCGCCCUGGAGGCGGAGACGGUUAACCUGGAGCAAGCGUGGAUUGCGCGCGCGGCAGAUCAGGUCGAUGUCGAGGCAGAUCAGGGGAUGAUUCGAGCAGGUAUAUGGCGCUCAAUGACUUGA